AUGACUGUGUACCAAGCAUACUACAAGCGAAGCUGCUGGCCUGUUCUGGACGAAAGAUUAUUUGAGAUUGGGCCUGAGUUACUUGGCCGUCCGACAGUGCGGUCGAAGAAGGGCGGUCGUUCUACCCUUCACCAGAGCACAGAACAGAAGGUGCUGAACAAGUGGGUCAACAAGGUUCUCCAAUUCAGCGGUGAUAAUUUGAAUCGCAGUAACGAGGGUACCGGGGAGAAGGAGGGCUUUGUGACCUGUGGCAAAAUAGAGUUGUCGAAGGGAUGCGGGGAAACUGGUAAGUCCGAGAGACUACGAAACGGGAAGAGGAACGUCCAGGUGAUAAGCCGGUAUGCAAUGGCUGCAUACGCUCUGCCGGGUGUGACACGUCGAGGAAAGGCGAAAGUGGAGGGACAAAGGUUCUGCGCAAUCGGAAAGGUUGGUUGGGCCUUCACGCCGGUUUUCCUAAAAUUAGGUUGGGCGGGGAAGACCAAGCCAGAUAAGCAACGAGAGUAUGGAAGAGAAGACAGAUUGAUUUGGAGCCAUCCACCCUGGACGGGGUGA